CACUCGUAUCUCCGCCCAUCAUGGAACCAAAUUUUCCACGUUACAAUCCACGUAAGACUUUUUGCAUGGCUCAUAGAGGACGGCUAUCCCAAGCAAGACUCUGUAUAUAUAUUCAUGUCCAGUUCAGGUAUCUCGUCAUCCACUUCCUGAGUUUUUCCACUGAGGAACACAACAUCCUGCUUACAAUUGGGCAAUGGCUUUUCCUCUCAAGAGUGAAUUCAUCAUCUCCCUUGCUCUCAUUCUCAGCACUUGGGCAUGUCAUGUCAUGUCAGUCCGCACGUUGCAUGGAUCCACCGUUGCCGAGCAGCACGACCAAUGGAUGGCCCAAUACGGUCGGACCUACAAGGACCCAGAGGAGAAGGAGAGACGUCGGGAGAUUUUCGAGAGGAACUUGCAGUUCAUCAAAGAUUUCACUGCAUCCGGGAAUCGGACUUUCAAGGUAGGCAUCAAUCAAUUCUCGGACUUGACCAACGACGAGUUCAUUCGGAGCCACACGGGAUACUUGGCAUCUAAGCAACCCAAGUCCACCAGAACGGGGUCGUUGAGCCACCAAUAUCCGAUUGGGGAUGUUCCUGAUAGCAUCGACUGGGUGGAGAAAGGCGCCGUGAAUCAGAUCAAGGACCAAGGCCAUUGUGGAUCUUGUUGGGCGUUCUCAGCAGUCGCAGCAGUAGAAGGAAUCACGCAGAUCAAAAGCGGUAAUUUGCCAGUGCUCUCCGAGCAACAGCUGAUCGACUGCGAUACCGAAGCCAGUGGCUGCGAGGGUGGUCUUCCAGACAAUGCUUUCAACUACAUCAUCGAUAACCGAGGAAUUGCGUCCGAGGAUACCUACCCGUACCAAGGGACGGACGGGACCUGCGACUCGUCGAAAGCGGCUCAACAGGCGGCGCAGAUCAAAGAGUUCAACGAUGUGCAGCCCGGUGAGGAGGAGCUCCUGAAGGCAGUUGCGCAGCAGCCGAUCUCGGUCGGAAUCGCGGCGGGUGGGCAGGAGUUCAAGAGCUACAGCGGUGGCGUGUUCAAUGGCGACUGCGGCGAGGAGCUGGACCACGCGGUGGUCGUGGUGGGGUACGGGACGAGCGAGGACGGAACCGAGUUCUGGAAGAUCCGCAACUCGUGGGGGCAGACUUGGGGCGAAGAGGGCUACAUGAGGAUUCAAAGAGGUGUUGAUAGCUCGAAAGGAAUGUGCGGACUCGCGUCGCAAGCUUCUUAUCCAGUGGCCUGAGAUAAUCAAAACAUAAUAUAGACGGAGUACGAGCAUCAUUAGAUGACCGACUUGC